AUGGCGGCAGAUUCAACCCGGCCCAUUCGCAUUGCUAGUGUCUCCGGCUCCGUAUCUGACCGCCGACAUGCUAUGCUCAUGUUUGCCAAGAAUCAUCCCAACGAUCCUGUUGACGUUAUCAUUGGGGACUUUAUGAGCGAGGCAAACAUGACUUCUAGAGGUGCCCUGAAAGCAGAGAGCGCUGCAAUUGCAGCAUCCGAGACUCGUGAUACCGAUCAACAUGUCACGAGCCUACUUUCAUCAGGUGCCACAGAUGCAUAUGAACCAACAUUUCUGGAAGCUCUGGCCCCAGCGCUCCCGUAUAUCGCCAAACACAAGAUCAAAGUUGCAGUCAAUGCUGGUGCUUCUGAUACGGAGAAGCUUCAUCAGGUCGUCAUGGAGAUGUGCAAAAAAGGGUCACACGAUCUGAAGGCGGCUUGGGUCAGUGGUGAUGAGGUAUUUCCAGCGAUUCAGCGAGCCCGCAAAAAUGGUUCCAGCAAGUUCGAGAAUGUUUGCACAGGAGAGGUACUGGAUGAGUGGAAGCAUAGACCAAUCUACGCACAGGCCUAUCUCGGAGGACUAGGAAUCGCAGCGGCUUUCGCAAAGGGUGCGGACAUUGUGGUUUGCGGCCGUGUUAGCGAUGCAUCUCCGGUAAUUGGUGCAGCAUACUGGUGGCAUGGCUGGACACGAGAUAUGCUUUCUGAACUUGCGAAUGCAUUUGUUGCGGGCCACAUGAUUGAGUGCAGCAACUACGUCGUUGGCGGAAACUUCACGGGGUUCAAGUCACUGGAAUUCAAGAACUGGAAAGACAUCGGUUACCCGAUCGCUGAGAUAUCAAGAAGUGGCAACGUUGUCAUCACGAAAGGUCAAGGCUGGGGCGGAGGCGAAGUCAGCGUCCAGACAUGCUCAAGUCAACUCUUGUACGAGAUCCAAGGACCUUGGUACUUCAACAGCGACGUUACCGCCGUCCUCGACGAGAUGUGGUUCGAACAAGUGGGCACAGACAGAGUGGCGCUACGAGGCAUACAAGGCGACCUCCCACCUCCCACCACGAAAGUUGGCCUCACAGCAAAAGGGGGCUAUCAAGCAGAGGUCCACUGGCUCCUCGUCGGUCUCGAUAUCGCUGAGAAAGCGCGCAUGAUGGAACUGCAACUCCGCCACGCCCUCGCCCCGUACUCAUCCAAAUUUACCCUUCUCAACUUCAGCACCAACGGCACAGCAGCGGAGAAUCCAACAAACCAAGCUUCAGCCACAGUCGACUUCCGUGUCUUCGCCCAAGCGAAGGAAGAAGCUGAUCUCGCUCCAAACAAAUUCCUCCGCGUUUGCAUCGACUGCAUCAUGCAAGGAUACCCAGGCGCGACUUUCCAACUGGACAUUAGACAAGGUUUUCCGAAGCCAUGUUACGAAUAUUAUGUGACUUUGUUACCGCAGACUGAAGUCGAUCACAGGGUACAUGUAUGGGAUGGAUCGAGUUUGGAAAUUCCGCCUCCGGAGAACACGAAGGCGUAUCCCAAGAACCAGCCGGAUUCUCCUUCGACGCCCUUGGAAGAGCAAGUCAACCUCUCAUCAAACCCAUUCGGUCCCACAACACCCGGACCCCUCGGCUGGGUCGUUCACGCUCGCUCAGGAGACAAAGGCUCGAACGCUAAUGUCGGGUUUUGGGUGCGGUUCCGAGACGAAUAUGCUUGGUUGCGGAAUCUGCUUUCUACAGAAAAGGUCAAAGAACUGUUAGGAGAAGAAUAUGAUAGGAAGAAAUCUAUUGAGAGAUUUGAGUUGCCGAAUAUGCUGGCGGUACAUUUUGUGCUCAAGGAUCAUUUGGAUCGUGGGGUGAGUUGUUCGAGUAGUUAUGAUGUUUUGGGGAAGAAUGUUGCGGAAUUUUUGAGGGCGAGGUGGGUGGAUUUGCCGAAUAAGUUUUUGGGGAGGGGGAAGUUGUAA